AUGCUUCCAGAGAAGGAUGCGACGCCAACUUACCUCGAGAUAGGACGCCGGAAGCGUGAGGAACGACAAAGCAGGAUUCCAUCGGAAUGGCAGAUCAAAGGUACAAUUGAGUCCGGCCUCGAUGUCCGUGAUGUGCCAGCAAAAUGCGGCAUCUUGACCAUUCGCGAGCUGGAGAUGACAUCCGACAAUGAUGCAGUAGAUCUUGUCGCCAAGAUCCGCUCCAGAAAGUACAGCGCUGUAGAGGUGACUGUUGCUUUUUGCAAGCGAGCGGCCAUAGCUCAGCAACUGACCAACUGCUUGACCGAGAUGUUCUUCGAGGAGGCCAUCCAACGAGCACGCGAACUCGAUGAAGAACAAGCCAACAGUCCUGACGGUCCGUUAAGGCCACUCCAUGGACUUCCAAUCUCGCUCAAAGACGCCUUCAAGAUUCCGGGAAGAGACUCGACCACCGGUAUAGUAUGCUGGGCGUUUCAGCCGGAUGAAGAGUAUUCAUUCUUGCCAGCGAUGCUCCUGGACUUGGGCGCUGUCCUGUACUGCAAGACAAAUACUCCACAGACGAUGAUGACGGCCGAUUCCGACAACAACCUAUUCGGUCGUACUUUGAAUCCAGCCAACUCUAACCUGACUGCUGGUGGUUCGUCGGGUGGCGAAGGUGCUCUCAUUGCGAUGAGAGGCAGUGUGCUCGGCAUCGGUUCAGAUAUCGCCGGCAGCAUCCGCAUACCUAGCCUCUGCAAUGGCAUCUACGGCCUUCGACCCAGUGCAGAUAUUGUCCCUUAUGGCGGUCAACGACAUGUCACUCCACCUGGCAUGUGUGGAAUCGCGGCUGUAGCUGGUCCUAUGGCAACCACUCUGCGUUCUUGCUCAUACUUCAUGAAGACGAUCAUAGAAGCGCAGCCCUGGCGAUAUGAUCCUUGCUCGCUGCACCUGUCCUGGAUAGGCCACGAAGCGACCCGUGAGCUUCGAAUCGGAAUUGCCUUCGAAGAUGGAGCGUUUACUCCUUGGCCGCCAGUAAGGCGGACGAUGCAAGGAACGGCGAAGCAGUUGACACGAGCAGGAGUUGAGGUGAUCCCGAUCCACCUGCCAGACGUACAUGAAGCAUUGGGAACGGCCUUUCGAAUGUUUGCACUUGACGGUUGCAAGUUUAUUCAAGACCGCCUCCUGGAGAGUGGUGAGCCAGAGAUUGAGUCGGUCAGGCGAGUGAAUCUGGCCGGUAUCCCUGGAGCGACCUUGGACGAGUUAUUCGAGAUGAAUGCUGUGCGAGAGAGAAUCCAGGCCAUUUAUCACAGACUCUGGCUUGACAACCGGCUCGAUGCCCUCAUCUUGCCAUCAGCAGCCACCACAGCUACUCCAAUUGAUGAGUGGGGUCCGGUGACAUACACUGCUCUCUGGAACUUCCUCGACUAUCCAGCGGUGAUACUUCCGACGGGUAGGGUGCAGCCAGGAGAUGAAGCAGACUCUCUCGAGAACGCCAGGCACGGUGACAUGGACCGCAAGAAUUAUAGCCUUUGUGAGUCCUCGAUCUGA